GCGGGACAACAGAGGGCACCAGACACUCCUGCGGAGGAAAUCGGGCAUAAAUGAAGCGCUGGUGCUCGCACCGGCUCACUGGGGGCUCAGCACUGCCGGCUGUGACAGCCGGGACGGCCCUGACAGCACGGCCGGCGCGGACCGCCCGCCCGCCCCGCGGCCUCCCUGAGGAGCCGGCCCGCCGCGGCCCCGAGCAGAGACAGCCCAACAUGGAGAACUGCACUGGGAGAGUUGCAUAUGAUAGCAUUGUGGUGCUCCAGCUGGUUGUGUACAUCCCAGUGCUCGCUCUGGGGAUCCCACUGAACGCAAUUGCCUUCUGGGUCUUCUGCUGCAAAAUCAAGAGGUGGACCGAGACCAAGGUGUACAUGAUCAACCUCAUCGUGGCAGACACUUCCCUGCUCUUCACCCUGCCUUUCCUGCUAUAUUUUACCAAGUACAAACAACCCAUAGACCAGCUGUGUUUAGUCAUACAAAACAUCUAUUUUACAAACAUGCCUAUGAGCAUCUUUAUCAUCACCCUGAUUGCGAUUGAUCGGUACAUUGCAAUCAAGUUCCCUCUAAAAGCGAAGAUUCUUCGAUCCCCACUGAAAUCAGCUUCUAUCUGUGCCUUUCUUUGGAUACCAAUGAUAAUUUAUUCCAGUUUGUAUUACACACUUCACAGUAGCGAUAGGGAAGAUUGCUGUUUUCAGAAACAAUCUCUUCUACCUAGGUAUUCCUCUUUAUUCUACACUAUCUGUGGGUAUUUUAUUCCCUUAGGGAUUGUGAUUUUUUGCUCAGUACAAGUCAUCAGAUGUCUAAAAAAGAAGAUGGCCACAAGCCCUCAUGAGACAAAAUUAUUCCAGAAGGCCGUGCAGAUAGUUUCUGUGAAUUUGUGUGUGUUUGCCAUCUGUUUCUCACCUUUCCACAUCUCACUGCUCUUGAGGUUUGCAGUGGAAGUUGCUGGAGCUCAUUCUCUGAUACCCGGAGUUGUAACCUAUAUUAAGGUCUCAGCAUGCUUAGCCAAUUGUAACUGCUGUCUGGAUGCAUUUUGCUAUUAUUUUGCAGCCAAGGAAUUUCCAGAGUUGUCUUCUAUGUUCCCCAAAUGUAUAUUUAUGAGGUCCAAGAUGAACCAAGGUGAGGAGUCACAGCCACCCACGGAUCAAGUGAUACUAUGAACAAGGUGUAGUGCAUGGCAGGUGUUGAGUGCCACAAUGCUGCUCAAGUUUUGAGGCACAGGCAAUGGAACCACAUACAGUGUUUGCAAUCAUUGUAGGCAUAGGCAUAUGUACAAAAAGGAGAAAACCCCUCCAAAGGGUCUGAUGUUAACUUUAAUUUUGCCCUGCUGUCCUCAGUAACUUGACUCCAGCUCUGACUACUGCGUUGUAUCAUUGCAUUGCAGCUCCAGGCGCCUCCUGGUGACAGCUUGUCUUGGUUGGCUUCAUGGUCCUUCACUUUCAAUGUCUUCUCACUUGUAAACCUCUAAAAAAUUUCCUCCGGGGACUGCAAGCUCAUUUUCUGCUGAUGUAAACUCGGGGGCAUUCAACUUCCUUAGUGACAACUGACAUAGAGUUCCCCAACAAGUCUGUCACCAUGCAGUGACACUGGUUCAGACCACAGUCUGAAACCACUGACUAGACCUUGGUGAAAUAAACACCCAAAGAACUGUUCCCAGCAGGGAAAGUGUCCAUAUCCAGACAUUAGAUCCACCUGCUGUGCGUCAAUUCUCAGGCAGGCAACACGGUGGAAGCUACAGGGAGCAAGGGUGCCAUAAAAACAGAUGAAACUACUCAGGUCAUUCAGCUGGUAACUCAUGUCCCAGUUUUCUUCACUGGUGUAUUUUUAAUGCUCUGGCACUUCUGAUAUUUCACUGCAAGCAGAGCAAGUAGUGUGUGUGUAUGUGACCAGUUUAACCAUUGCACACUGUUUAGCCCUUGUUCUGCCUUCUAAAUUCUCUUUUGAAAGACAGGAAAAGAUAUGGGAGACAAAUAGUGCCUGAUCUUAUCAGCUGUCUACUGCUUAAGGAGAUGUGUGAGUGUCACCCAUUAACAAAUAUGCUGCAAUUAACUCAGAAUGCAAGGGGCUUCUUGACAGACAUCUCUUACAAUCCAGGCAAGUGGUGUUCAGCAAGGAAAAACACUUCUACUUCAGGAACAGCACAGAGGGCCUUCAAAAACAUUUUUGGACCUAGGUUCCCUUCUGAGAACUUGCAUCUAAUUUCUUAUAAUGAAUGUCUGUUCCAAAAAGAUUAUUAUGAUUUUUUAAUUAUUUUGAAAAAAGAGAUGAAGAUUCACAUCAACCUACUACAAACAAGCAGCUUACUUAUUUUUGCAAUUCAGUCAUACUCAUCUUUUCUUCCAGUUAACAUGGAGAACUUGUUCAGUUUCCAAUGGGCUCCAAAUAGGUCAUCUACCCUGAAAUACAGAAGAGCAAUGUUUUUUAUACAUGUGGCCUCACAUAUAAGUGUUCCUUUUUCUCAUUGUAAAGGGGAAAUUAGUUGAACUUCACAAUCUCUGUCAUCGUGAAGAUUUUUUUGCUGUUUCCACUGAAUACAAUGAAAAAAAAAAAACCAUACUUUUACAAGUGAAAAUAAAGAUGUGUCAUAGUAAUAUAUCUAUAAAUAAAUAUUCAUUUAUUACCAUUAUACAUCAUAGUCCUCUACUCUUAAUGCUAAACCUAUACUGGAGAUUGGGAGAAAAGACUUUGCUACUGAGAUAUAAGAUCUGCUUUACAGCAGGGUAUUUAACAGUGAAACCCAAAGAUGAACAAGGAACUUGCUGAUUAUCUGAAGAUAUAUGUUUUACCUUGGACAAAAAUUAUCAUCUGGUUUAUAUGUCAAGUUUAGGAUGGGUUUCUGGCGUCUUGUUUCAGUCUGAACAAAGCCUCAGCUCCCUGAGUGCUCCCAGUAAAUGGAACAGAUGAGUUUUCAGACCCUGGGCCACAACAAACAACUGCUGGCCACCAUCCAGCACUGCAGUAGCAAUCCAGGAGGAUGGUGACACCCUUAACCCCAAAUCUUUUCCACUUCCUCGCACAAAAGUCUGGGAGAUAGUAGUGGGGACCAGCCACAGCAGGUGAAGUCCAAAAGCUGCCCCAAACAGCAAGGCUGGACCACAGCAUUUUACCAACAUUUCUGCAUGCUAUAACUUUCCUGUCCCGUAAAAGAAAAAAAUGCUAUUAAUGGUUUCUACUCAGGCUUGAGAGAAAAAAAAUAUAAACAACAAACCACAAGGAAAAGCUUACAAAAUAAUUUGGAAUCUUGCUUUCCUGUGAGUGAGUGGCCAUUGGAUAUAGCAUUUUUGGCCCACGUAUGUAUGGAAGGCAGGGGCUGGCAGUGGACAGUAUUUUGGGUGACAUUUGGGCAGGCCUGAAACCCGAGUUCUUACCAGAGGUUUGAGCUCCAGGGGGCUGAAGGACACAUAGUGGGGAGCUGUGGGCUGGGUGGUGCUCUCUGGUGCUGCAGACAUCUCUGAUUUUGUUUCCUUGGCACAGCACAGCUGUUCCAGGGAUGAGCACUGCCCAGCAGCCUCCAGGGAACUCCACAAGUCCUGAAGCAGCAUCAGGCUCUGGGGAAGCACGGGCUUUUCCGUGCCCUGCACAGUGUGUUUGCACACAUACUCAGCUGGUCCCUGGUACUGCUGAUGCCUUAGAACUUUAGCUUUUAUGUUUUUAAUAUAUUUGUAAUCCUGCGGUUCUUUAGUGUAUAACUCUAAACUCCACACACAGUGUGAGCUGCUGCUUUCCCAUUUUGGGCAGACACAGCAAUUCCUCUCCAGGCCUGGCAGUCAAGGACACCUCACUGCCUCAGGCCAGAGAGAUGGAAACAAAACUGAGUUGGAGGGAGCAAACUUGGGUAAAUGACUUCAUUACCUGAAACUGUAAUUGGAAAAUUAACCCCCAAUAUGCAAAUGGACCAAACUUAUAGAAGUGUGAAAACCUGUGGCCCAUGGUCCAUUUUUGGGUGUAGCCCCCGAGGGGCUUUGUCCACCCUAAAUGCUCCUGAAGGCUCUUCAAUAAAUAUAACUGCUUUUUGUUCCCUUAAUUUUGUCUGGCCUCUGUUUUUAGGUACCCUCAAAAGGCAUUGCUGCAGGAGUGUGG